GCUGCGGAGAACGCCUCGACGGACCCCCACCACGAUCUCGACCACCUGUUGCCGGUAGACGGCGCCGGCGCACCGCUCGAGAACCCGCUGGUGGACGCGGCGGAGGGCGCCGAGGCGCACCGCGACCACGACCACGUGACCGACACGGUGCUCAAGAGCGGGGGUCGCGGGGGGCCGCGCUUCUAUCCCGAGGAGGCAGAGGUGGCGGAACAGCUGCACCGUAAGCUAGCAAGUCCCGAGGAGAACAACGAAGUAGAGAGAAUCGUCUUUCAGAGCACCUGUCACACCGCCAUGCAGAGCUGUCAGAAUCACUAUCACUGCAGGAUGCUGCUGGCGCCUAUCCUGCAUCACUGCGACAUAUCGAGAUGCAGCAGGAAUUCUUGCAUGGAAGCGCUGCAGGUGUUCUAUGCCAAACCGGAUUUUCCUUGGAACGUCGAAAUCGCUUUUUGCCUUUGCAAGAAAACCGACAACAAACAAGACGCCUGCUUAAUCGCCCAGCAAAAGCUUCACCCUGUAUGCGCAUUGAGAACCGAGGAGUCUUCUCCACCCACUUGUCUCCAUUUGGCGGAAGUUUGUAGAGAGAACAAAGAGUGCAGGACGAAACUGGAAUAUUACGAGCAAUCCUGCGCGGUGGACAGCGUGACGAAAAAGUGUGCAGGCUCGCCUUUGGAAUGCCGAUUCGCCAUCUUGGGUAUCCUAGGCACGGAUUUGAGAACAAGCUGCGCCUGCAAAGGCACUGACAUGACCCAGCUGUACGACUGUCUCGGCUGGCAGCGACUGCUCUGGGUCAAUCCUUGCGUUGUCGAGUCUCAGAAGAACUUCCACACGAGCCGCUCCGCCGAGCUCUCCAAACUCGCGCCCCGCUUGCCAGUAACCAGUCCCGCCCCGCCCGUGAUACGCCUGCGCCCCGUCGCGCCGCCUCAUCACGUGACCACGCACGCGCCGUCGGUUCGCACGACGACGCAGUUCGUGCCUACCAGCACCACUACGACUACGACCACGACCGAGAGGCCACCGACUACGACCACGAGGGCUACGACGACUACGAGGAGGACGAGGCCGACUACGACAGCUACGACGUUGCCGCCAAGAUCAUGUGUCGUUCAGAGACCUCAGUUUGCAAGUCAUUUCAUUCCUGAGGGAUCAUUCAAAAGGAUCUAUCAUGAGGACGAAUUCGAGUGUUCUGACGUCUGUGAAUGCGAAGUCGGAGAGAAGUUGAGCUGCAGGACGAUCUGCAUCGACCGAAUGCCUUGCAAAACUGAGUUCGCUUAUUACAACCACGCCGCUCCGGCUUAUCAGGCCUUCAGAGGCAGAUGCCUCUGUUAUUCCGGAAGGUUCAUUUGUAUGAAGCCCAUGCCAAGCGACUACGCGCUACCCCAAGGAGUGUUUCUCUUCUUGGGGUACAGUGAGGUAGAUGAGAAGGAGCUCAACAAGAACCACACGGUGAUCGUUGUCCAGGAUAUCGUAAGGGUGCUGCAAAAUCUCAUCGAAGAAGAAGCUGUCAAUGGGACUCAAUGCACUUUGGAAUUCUUCAAUGCUACAAAGGAGAAUGUGAUACUGGCUGGAAAAUUAUCAGAAGAAAUCGACUAUUCGACAUUGUUACCGCCCGAAGUUCUCUCUAAAGAAAAGGAAGAAUGUGUGGAGCUGCUAGAAACGAUAAGCGAGAGAAUCAACACGAGAAAUCCAGAUUUCGUGUCACACUUACUGCUGUCCAUUUUCAAGAUGGCCGAAGUGGAAAUAAUACAGAUGGAGCCGACGUCAUCGUCUCCAAAAUACUCUUAUAGGAUGGACGUUACUCUAGUAUCGAUAGCGUUCACGAUUCUACUAACAAAAUUCUUGGAUCUGUCGCCAUCGUGACAACGAGACUGAAACCGAACUCUUUAAUUCAAAAUAAUAUACAUAUCAUGAUAUUAUGCCGAUACGCUAUAAAGAUAUGAUCAUUGUAGAAACAAGUGAAUUCGAU